AUGCCCAACAACUCGCUGCUCAAAUGUAUUGUUUUUGAUGCCAAUGGCAAGUUCAAAAAGAUCUCUUCGGAUAUCCAGAAGACCCAGCUGAUUUUGAAACAUGACCUGCUGCCCAGAGACCUGCGAAAGAUCGACAAAGGCUCUGACGACAUUGUCCCGUCGAUUUUGGUCCGGGAACACUCGAUUUUGCUCAACAUCCUGCACAUACGAACUCUUAUCAAGGCGGACUCGGUGGUGCUGUUCAACUACGACCAGACGUUUUCGAAUGACCAGCUGGUGUCGAAUCUGUCGCAGCGGCUGCGCAACGUCACCAACGACAAGUUGCCGUACGAAAUACGUGCGUUGGAGACCAUUUUCAUGAACGUCAUGGAUAAUCUCAACUCCGAGAUGAAAGUGCAGGUCACAGUGGUCAACGGGAUCCUCAAGGAGCUCGAGGGACACAUCGACAUGACAAAACUCAAAUAUCUGCUUUUGGUUUCUAAAAAAUUACAACAGUUCCAGCAAAAAGCUACACUGAUCAGAGACCUGAUCGACGAGACCCUGGCGCACGACGACGAUCUUGUCGCGCUGUACCUGACCGACAAAAAGAAGGGUACCUCGCGGGUCACCACCGACCACGAGGAGGUCGAGUUGUUGCUGGAAUCGUACUCUUUGCAUUGCGACGCAAUUGUCCAGACGGUGGAAAACUCCAUCUCGGACGUUAAAACCACCGAGGAAAUCAUCAACAUCAUCCUGGACUCCAACAGAAACGAGCUCAUGCUGCUCGGUCUGCGUUUCAACAUCGGUCUGCUCAGUUUCGGCACUUUGCUCUUCGUGGCCGGUGUUUAUGGAAUGAACCUUGAAAACUUCAUCGAGGAGAAAAACUACUGGUUCCCAAUAGUUUGCACCUGCUCGCUGCUCACUUGCGGCUGGAUCUUCAGAAAAUCAAUGCACAGACUUGGUCAGCUCACACGCAUCCAGAUGACCAAAUGA